CGGGGUGCGGCAGUCGGGUCCGGCUCGGCGGGGUGGGGCAGGGUCCGGCCCGGCCCGGCCCGCGCGGAGCCGGGCAAGGAGGGGCCGGGCACUUUGUAGCAGGGGCUGGAAAUUUGCUGAGUCACCAUCGCGUGGGACACGUGGUGUCCACCCCCUCCCGGACCCGACCCGACCCUACCGGGGGUGAUGCCGCGGCCGGCUCCGCGCCGGGAGGGGGGGCGGCGCUCACACACGUGGCUGCCCCGGACGGGGGCCCCACCACGCGCUCGGCGCCGGCGGGCGGCUGGGCGGGCUGAGGAGCAGAAUCCAUGCAGCCCCAUCACCAAGCAUUCGAAUAACAUGCAGAGGAAUCUGUAUGCAUGCAUGUUGGUGGCACACAGCAAGUACCUGAGGAAGGGCGACUGCUAGAAUUCAGACGCUCCUGCAAACCCUUCUACUAUGACAUUAAAGGAAAUUGCAUAUCCCUAGAUUUUUUUUGUAAUUCUUUGCAUUGUGUUAGCCAUGACAAAUGGACACACCUUCAUAUGACAUCCUGGGGUGUUGAAACCCUGUGUAAAGCACAUGUUGCUUAAUCACCUGCUCCACAUGGCCACCCAUGAGACUGAAAGAGCCUCCUGGUUUAAACAUGGUCUUGGUAACGUAAGAUGCCUUGCAUUUUGAAUCAGAACAGCCACCAGUCCUUGCUAAAGACACUGGCAUGUUUUCUAUCACUGGGAAGGCCAAAAGCUUAAGAUGGUGGAGGAGGGGACCCUGAACCCACAUUGUAGUGGUGGUUCUCAUUAGCUUGCGCUAUAGGACAAGCGUACAGAUUGUGUCUAGUUUUGAAUGGUUCUUGAAAACAGUUCUAGCAAACCUGUGCCCUGUGACUCUGAGUUCUAAAUAUGACUGACUUUGAAGUGUAAAGAGAGCCUUGAGAAUUCUGGAUAAAAUCAGUAUGGGUCCACAGUUCUGAGUGGAGCACUGAGGUUCUGGAAACACUGAUAAGCAGGCAUCCCUACUACUGGCAGUUUGCAUCUCAGUGGCCUUUAUCCUCCCUACAAAAUACACUAGUUUGCGUAGAAAAGAGUUUUUCUGGACUAACAGUUACAUUCUGUGCUGAUGUGAGAAAUGCAGGUUUGGUUUCCUGGUCCACUCUUUUCCUAGACUGGCUGAGAAUGGAAAUUCUGAGGAGACAAAAUGUUUCCCUUCUGAGGGGAAGGAGAUGCUUAUUGACAAACCCCACAAACCUUCUUUAGAUACAUAGAGGUGUGAAUAGUCUCACGUGAGGAGGGGCUACCCCUGGAAGGGGGAAACAUCUGAAAAUGGUCAGAUGGGUCUCCAGCAGUUCAGAGACCGCACCCUUGAUGAAAAGUGAGGGGGGAGGGGGCUUUAACAUUCAGAGCGUCUGCUCUGCGGGUAGAUUUGCCUGGUGACUGUGCAGGAUACGGAUCACUUUGGAUUUUCAGACUGAGAUAAGGGUGGGGAAACCUUAUUCCUCUAUCUUCUUCAGACAGGGAAGGAGAUAGCACAAGCUAGAGAAACAUCCCUGCUGGGGGAGACAAAGGAGGGGGAAUGGAGGUGUCUCUAAACCUUAAAAAACAUUUCAUAGUCAACUUUAGAGAGAUCUGUUGCUGCUGCAAAGGGCCGUUUCUCUAUUUUCCCCACACACACACACACACACAUACAUUCCUCUGUGUGUUGCUCAGUGGAGGAGGGGCCCUGUUCUGGGAUCCCAGCAGAAAACAGGCCAUGAAAUCUCAAAUUGUGAACAAACACUUUUGGGCAAAGGGGCUUUGCAGAAAAUGGGAAGGGCUCCAUUAACUGUCUUGACCUGUCUGCCCCCUGGGUAGCUCCUCACUAGAGCAAAGCUGGGUGUGGGAAGAAGAACAGAGAGGUAGUGAGCAAAUGCUCCUGUCCCACACAGUAGAAAACUGCAUCCCAUUUUAUGGGAUUUGGGGCCCUGUGUCUUUGGAAAAGGUGCAGCCCUGCUCCCAGCACCAGCCCAGCCAGUAUGUUCGGUUAUGCAGCUGCCAUGGUUUAGUAUUUAAUUUAUUUACCUUGCUGCUUUCGCACUGAUGGAGCGUGCUUGUCGCCUGGUCUCUUUCUCUCCCCUUCCGUGUGUAAACUAAUGCAGAGAAGCCUGCCUCCUCUCAUCUCUGCCUAAACGUGAUGGACACUUUUAUGAUCCAAUGACAGUGCAUAGAAUAGGCAGGACCAAGGGGGAGGGAAAAUUAACCCUGUUUGUACCUAAGAGACUCUCAGAGAGAAUGGGGAGGAUAAUUAUUAAUGAGGAUAUGGUUACAGAGUGCAGGGGCUGUGCUGAAUCCCAUUAGCAGGACACUUGGCAAAAUUUGUCAGAGCUUUGCACUCACACUUUAGCUUAAUUGUGUUAAAUGUUCUUUGAAACAUUAGGGUUAACUCAGACCCCACUGCAAAAGUACAGUGUCUAAAAAAUAUGGAAGCAGAAAUCCGCAAACUCAGUUUCUAGUAUCUGAAGGCCGUGCACUUUGCAAGUUUCCCUAAAUUCGGUGCCUUAGUCUUCAUUGUUUCUGAAACAGAUUGGAAGUCUUAGACAUUUUGUAAUGUCUAUGUCUUUAUUGAAUUAACUGUAAACGACCGGUUCAGUAUACAUUGUCCGUCAGUGUUCAGGUGCUCUGUUGAAAACAUGCAACUAUAUUGGAGGUUUGAGAACUGGAGGUGGGACGCCUGGGGCUUUGGCUGCUGAGGUGGCAUGGUGUGCAGUUUUUUAAUCCCACAAACACACCUGUACUUUUAGCAGGCAUCUAGCUGUGAAAUACUGGAACAGUCCUAACGCUCUACGUUCUCAAGAAAUCCCAGUUCAGCACCCUAUUGAGAUGAACAAGCCUCUCACACUUUUUGCUGAGCUAUUGUUUCAGGCUGUCUAAAGACUCAGGCAGGUAAUACUCCAUUGGUUCAUGUUUGGACGAUAUUCUUGUGACUGGUUUCAGAGUAGCAGCCGUGUUAGUCUGUAUUCGCAAAAAGAACAGGAGUACUUGUGGCACCUUAGAGACUAACAAAUUUAUUAGAGCAUAAGCUUUCGUGGACUACAGCCCACUUCUUCGGAUGCAUACUUGUGACUGUAAAGCCUAGAAACUCUCCGUAAUGAAAGCAAUGAUCCUGCUGCUUGGUUCUGAAGCAAGGGGUAGAUCUGUGGCAAAUUCCACUGGCUUGCAACAUCUGGGACACUGCAUAACAGUACUGUUAUCUUUCCUCCUUAAUAACUAUAUAAGCUGAGAAAGAUGUGAUAUAAUAGUUGGAGCAUAGGAUGACUAAGAGCUAUGAAUUCAUGAAUCCUAAUCCCAGUUCUGCCAUUAAAUCCCAGUGUGGCUGUGCGCAAAUCACUUCACUGUGCAGGGCCUCAGUUUCAGUGUCUGUAAAAUGGAAUCUUUAUUUGCCACUGGAGCUGGUGUGAGAUUUAACUGAUAUUAGUAUAACAUUGUUUAUCACUGUAUUUUAUAAAUGCACAUGAGAUCAGAGCUCUGUACCCUCUUUAUAUCAGAAGCUGUCUGAAGUACAUCAGACCUCAGUAGCUCCCAGUCUCCCCUUCCUGAAACUCCAAGGUCUCUGUAGUGUGACACACAGGCAUGCACUCAUGAUCCCCUGAAUCCUCUGCUCUGUAACCACAAGGGCUCUGCAGCAUCUGACUCGGUUGUUUACUAAACCACUGAAGACUGUCUGAUCCCUGUCCAGGCUUCCCCAGAGAGAGCCUCAGAGUCCUGUCCUGACAGCAUUCUGAUUCAGUCCGAAGGUUUCUGAAUCUGUUCUUUGCUGCUGGAUGCUGGUUCUGAUCCAUAAGAGAAAUGGAAAGGUGGCUAGCUGGGUGAGUGUUCUGUGUAUAGCUUCUCUCUAGAACAGUACACACAGUGACUCACCCCUCCUCUGUGUCUUCUCUCCAUUCACAUAGAAGUUAUUGCCUCACGUAUGCUUGCUCUCUGUGUGAUUCACAUCAUUGGGGUAUCCUUCCCCCCUUCUCUGUUACAGAUGAAUGACAAGUGUCAGUCUGCCUCUCGGUGUGUGUGAGGAUUGUUAGAGCAGGAGGAGGACUUGUGAAUGAUGGAAGGGAAGAUAUUCUCUGCAUUCCACACUGCAGUGUCUUGGGAAUCCAUGCUGUGUCUCCAAGGGACAGAGGCACAGAGCUUAGGGUUUAAGCAUCUGCCGUUCCCUCAUCUGUCAGACCUGAUGUCCUCCUUGGUGGACGUGUCAUGUGCCAGCUUUGUAGGCAUGGUUAACUGACUUGACCGUCUUGCAGGUGUCUCACGUAUGGCAUGUGGAGGUGUGACGAUAGGGAUUGGUUGCAAUUUCUGACCAGUUCUGUCCAGGAGACUGUGCCCAGGUUAUGACGACUAAUCCCAAACCGAACAAGGCAUUAAAGGUAAAGGAGGAGUCAGGAGAGAACGCCCCAGUGCUGAGUGACGAUGAACUCGUGUCAAUGUCCGUCCGGGAGCUGAACCAGCACCUGAGAGGUCUCACGAAAGAAGAGGUCAUCCGCCUGAAGCAGCGGAGGCGCACGCUCAAGAACCGGGGCUAUGCUGCCAGCUGCCGCAUCAAGCGUGUGACACAGAAGGAGGAGCUGGAGAGGCAGCGGGUUGAGCUGCAGCAAGAGGUGGAGAAGCUGGCCCGAGAAAACAGCAGCAUGAAGCUAGAGCUGGACGCCCUGCGCUCCAAGUACGAGGCAUUGCAGACCUUUGCUCGUACCGUUGCACGGGGGCCUAUUACCCCGACCAAAGUCGCCACCACUAGUGUCAUCACCAUUGUGAAAUCAGCUGAAAUCUCAUCCAGUUCUGUGCCAUUUUCAGCAGCAUCCUAGUGCCCUAGAUGGGGGAACUACAGCCUUUCGGAGGGAUGGGGAAAGGGCUCUUAUGCACCGUUCCAGAGUCCUUGGUCACUUCAAGAAUUGGCAUUUUAACAAUUCCUUCUCUUUCAAAAGUGCAAAAAAAAAAAAAUCUACAAAGGGAACGUAACUGGCUGCUCCUCUGUGAACUUAGUGGUUCCAUGAAGCUCUUGUGGCUGGGAUUUGAGUUCUGUACCUAGUAUGAGCUUUCUCUUCCUCCUCCCCCUGCCUCCCCAACCCUCUUUAGGCUGUGGGCAGCUUCCCAAUUGGGAGAAGAUACCAGAGGAGCCUUUGUGAAUAAUGUUCAAGAACCAGGUAACAGAUGGACUGUCAAAAUCAUGUGAGAUGAAUGUAUAGAGAAGAGUUUCCUUCAGUGGCAUCCAACUCCCAUUAAGAAGUUACCUCACCCCACCACCACGUUCCACUGUCAUAGCAGUGGCAGAGAAAUAAACUCUGAAGCAGAGUCCAUUCCGCCAUGCACUGGGGGGAGGAGAGGAGGGUUGGUCAUACAGAGAGGGAAUAUGUUUGGGUCAGACCACACCAGUUAGGAAAAACCUUCCUGUCUUCAGCCCAUACCGGUUACCAGUUUACAUGUUUUAAUACACCCCAUACCUGUGUGGCCUAUAAAGCUAAAUUGCAGCCUCCCUUAUACAAAGCCAAGUCUACCAAGAGCUCCUUCCCCAAGAUGUGCCUGUAAAUUGGGUAUAUUUAUGCAGUUUAUUUCUUCCAGAUGAUCCACAGGUUUGUAAUAGUGGCUUAUUCAGGGUUCCUUGAAGCUCAAGGGAGGAAGGCACAGUAAAAUUCAAGAAGGGAGGUAUGUUGCGGGGCAUAGAGAGAAAUACUAGAAGUAUUACUGGCCUGAGGCAGAAUUGGUUGCCAUGGUGGGAAGUUGUUGUCCUGGAAAUCAGCACUGUGAAAAGGUGUUUAUGUAGAGCAUGUUAGAAAGAUGUGUUAAAAGCACUGAAGUAAAAAGAGGGCCGAUAGCGUAUGUGCAAGAAGAUCAAAGCCAGCAGAAACUCCUGGAUAACAGAGGUAGUGGUGGUUAUGGCCUUUGCCUGUUAGAACAGUGGCCAUCCCAACCUAAGGGGCCAUGUACACUGAUCUUUGCCAACAAGAGAUAGGGUAUGGGAUGCUGGGUGGAAGCUGAAAAAGGGAAGAAAGAUUCUUAACCCAAUCUCAGUCAUUAAAGCUGGGUUCCAAAGAGUAGAAAAACCUAUAGUGUUUUGUGUUGAGAGGGUUGAGAGAACCUGUCUGACGACAAUCCUGAAACUCAACAUUUCUUGGGGGUGUGAAUUAUCCCUAGAGAUGCAUGGAGGGCAGGAUUGGAAUCGGUGGCUUUUGGGGGAUGGUAAAAUUGGGGUUGAUAAGUAGGGCUUAUGGUUCUGAAGGAUAGUUGGGAAGAGGUAACAGUGGCUCAGCAGUGGGCAGGAAAGGGGAAGCCAAAGGGAGAAGAGUCUAUUCUUUAACAGGACUGAAAAGACAUUCUAAGUUUCCAGGUCUGAGUAAAAAUAGCUAUGUUCAUGUUUGUGUGUUUGAAGUAGGAAAGAAAACGGAUUGCCUGGUGUUCCAGAGUAGGUCAAAGAUUUGUGGGCUGUCAGAUGCCUGCUCUAAAGCAGGUGAGAAGAGGUUAAGACUCCUGAAGUUCAAGAUGACUGGAGGAGAUGGCUAAUGUUCAUAUUCAGAAGAGUUUGGUAUACUGGUGUUCCAGAGUAAGGUACAAAGGAGAAGAUGGAGAAGAAUGACUGGUGGUCUAGUUUAACUGAAAAGGAUAAAGGAAGAUGCUCCUAUCGUUGAAGAGGACAGAAAAUUAGCAUCCUAAGCCAGUGUAGGAUAUUGUUUGUGAAGUUAUCUUGUGUCUUGAAUUGCAAGAAGAAUGCACAAGUUUAGUGAAGCCCUGUCUUUCUUCUAAAGACAAACACAAGUUGUUGUUGGCUCACGUUUUCCCAGUCACUGGAGUCUCUUGGUUUCCCAAGAAGGUACUUAAGUCAAGUAGUUGGAGAGGCAGAACCUGGUUCUCAUUCAGUCCUAAACCUCUACACUGAUGACUUUCCUGAGCCAUAGGAUGUGUAAGAGUAAUGCUUCCUUGAUGGCUUUUACCCCACCAGAUUCAUCUCCUCCUGGAGGAGGCAAGCAGGAAGUUACCAACAAAUAUAGUUUGGAGGUAUUUAGCUCCACUUCUCCUCCACUUCCUUACCAUCUCCUAACAGGCAGAUUGAUGUCCUGCGUAUCAGUACCAGUUAUUGGCUCCCCCAGCAGAAGCUGAGGAAGAGAAGACCCUAAUUCCUUUUCAUGUUCUGUAACUCAAAAGUACUUGGAAAUCUUCCCAGAUCUCUAAGGUGCAACCAUUAGCACAGGCAAUGUCUAGAUUCCUAGCACUGUUGGGACUUUAAAAGAGAAACAGAAAAAUAUCCAGUGGACUUGGAAAUGACUGAAUGUUCCCCAUUUCUAAAAUAGCUCCAUGAAAGUCUUGACAUUCCUGAACAGAUAAGACCACCCCCUCCACCCGGGGAAUCCUUCACUGCACCAAGGAAAUGAGAUCAACUAGACAGGAGAGUAAUGGGAAUUUAAACGUAAUUCGGGGUGGGGUUCAGUUGCUGUUGGAAUGAGAUGAGGAAUAGAUCUGAGUUCUUUACUAGUACUUCCAUUGUGGCUGAGCAUUUUCCAGUUCUCGGAAGUGUGCCAAAGGCUUGUCCAAGUGAUUGCUGGUUUAGUGCUAGAAGGCGCGUAGUCUCUGAUUACUCAAUCAAGAAUGAGGCCUGGGUGUUAUUAAAGCUGUUGAUACCAUAACCAUGGUAGGUAAUCCAUAUUGGAUAUCCAUAAGGACCACGUGGAAAUAUUUAAAAAGAGAAAUAAAUAUAUAUAUAUAUAUAUAAAUAUAUUAUAUACAUUUUAUCAUAUAGAUUUUUCGUAAUUUUUUUUUCCAAGUUUGAUACUGUAAAUCUUUACUAAAAGAAAUUGCCAGUCCAGGGCUCCUUGGGUGGUGAUUUGGGGGGAAAGGAGGCAUGCUGGCUAACUUCAACUGGUGGAUCAGAAUUGCAAGGUAAUACAGAGGGAGGAACAAUCUGAAAGCUGCUCACCACAUUGGAGAGACAACUCCCUCUCCCUUCUUCCUCUGGGGUUUGUUUCUGUUCCGUCCUGCACUUGCAAAUCUGAUGCCCAGGGCAAAAGCCAGUGAGGGGAUUUGGGCCACUGCUUGCAGAAUCACUAGGGGAGCCCUUUUGAAAAGGAGUGCUUAUCUCUCUUCCAACCCUCCUCCCACUCCCUCUUGUCUCUCCUUACUGCAGUAACUAGGGCUUCUUUCUCUCCCCUCUUAUCUUGUCACACCACCGCUAGAGGGAAGCAAUGAGUCUUAAUUUCAUGAGCAUUAGGCUCCACUUCUGAACCCCAGGCCCAGCAUUUUCCUCUGAUACCCACCCUGUGCAUAGGAACCACGGUAUGAAGGUGGGGACAUUAGAAGCAGCCAGCAGUAUGUCCCCUGACCCACAAUUGGGGCAUUGUGGGAUGUUUACAUGGGGCAAUAACAGGUCCUUCUUAUCAGGGGCUUCUCUAUGCUCCUGUAUGUGCAUUUGUUGUGCUCCUGACUGGGAAUAGUUUCCCACUAGGGAAGCUUCAGAGCCCUUUGAAGCAAGUUAGUGUCUCUGACCUUGCCUAACUAUAUCCUCUGCCUGAGGAAACAACAUAUAACGUGUUUUGUAAUGCCACAUCUCUCUGGGACAAGUGAGGGAGGGCGGCAGGCAAAAUGAAUAAUGGGUGGGAGGGGAGAGUGAGUGGCAAGUUUAUGUAUUGCUGGGAUCGUGGGGCAUUCAAGCUACUGUGCGACUCAAAGCCCAAGGAGGAGGAGGCAUUUUUUCUCUCUCAGAUCAUUUAAACUUUGUCAUGAUUGUUUUCAUUUAAAGAAAAAAAACUUUUGUAAUGUGGGUUUGUUUUCCUUUGUCAUCUGUAUUUCAGUCUGCUGGGGUGUUUCCGUAGAUGGUGGAUCUUUUGCUUUCAUUUUUUUUUCUUUUUUUUUAAUGGUAGAUCUUCUGUUAAGUUUUUAUCACCAACUCAUGCUAUCCUCCGUGGUCAUUCAGUAAUUUCAUUUCAAUAUUUAUUUUUGUGCUGCUUUUUUUUAUUAUAAAAUAAAUUAUUGAUAUACCGAGUAAUGUGGAUUCCUGUUUGUAAGGCGUAUAGCCCUGUGUAUGUGUCCAUCACUUUCUCUUGACAGCCACAACGUAAUUUAUUGCUGUAAAUUUAGCUGCAGUGACUGGUUUUUUGUACCUUUCCAAUAAAGCAUUUUCUGGUUUCA